CGCAGCAUGUGAAGGGAAGACGGCGGGCAGCGCAGGCCGAGCCUCUCAGCCGGCCGGGAUGGCCACGACGGCCGAGCUCUUCGAGGAGCCUUUUGUGGCAGAUGAGUACAUUGAGCGCCUUGUGUGGAGAACCCCAGGAGGAGGCUCUAGAGGUGGGCCUGAAGCUUUUGAUCCCAAAAGGUUACUAGAAGAAUUUGUAAACCAUAUUCAGGAACUCCAGAUUAUGGAUGAAAGGAUCCAAAGGAAAGUGGAGAAAUUAGAGCAACAAUGCCAGAAAGAAGCCAAGGAAUUUGCCAAGAAGGUGCAAGAGCUCCAGAAGAGCAACCAGGUUGCUUUUCAGCAUUUCCAAGAACUAGAUGAGCACAUUAGCUAUGUGGACACCAAAGUCUGUCACCUGGGAGACCAGCUGGAGUGAGUCAACACCCCCAGACAGCGGGCAGUGGAGGCGCAGAAGCUGAUGAAGUAUUUUAAUGAGUUUCUAGAUGGAGAAUUGAAAUCUGAUGUUUUUACAAACUCUGACAAGAUAAAGGAGGCGGCAGACAUCAUCCAGAAGUUGCAUCUAAUUGCCCAGGAGUUACCUUUUGAUAGAUUUUCUGAAGUGAAAUCCAAAAUUGCAAGUAAAUACCACGAUUUAGAAUGCCAACUGAUUCAGGAAUUUACCAAUGCUCAAAGAAGAGGUGAAAUUUCCAGAAUGAGAGAAGUAGCAGCAGUUUUACUUCAUUUUAAGGGUUAUUCCCAUUAUAUAAAGCAGUGCCAGGAGGGAACUUAUUUGAGAAAUGAUGUAUUUGAAGAUGCGGCAAUACUCUGUCAGCGAGUGAACAAACAAGUUGGAGAUAUCUUUAGUAAUCCAGAAACAGUACUUGCUAAGCUCAUUCAGAACGUGUUUGAAAUCAAACUACAGAGUUUUGUGAAAGACCAGUUAGAAGAAUGUAGGAAAUUUGAUGCAGAACAGUAUCUAAAAAACCUCUACGAUCUAUAUACAAGAACCACCAGUCUUUCCAGCAAGUUGAUGGAGUUUAACUUAGGUACUGAUAAACAGACUUUCUUGUCUAAGCUUAUCAAAUCCAUUUUCAUUUCCUAUUUGGAGAACUAUAUUGAAGUGGAGACUGGCUAUCUGAAAAGCAGAAGUGCUAUGAUCCUGCAGCGGUAUUAUGAUUCAAAAAAUCACCAGAAGAGAUCCAUUGGCACAGGAGGUAUUCAGGAUUUGAAAGAAAGAAUUAGACAACGUACCAACUUAACACUGGGGCCAAGUAUUGAUACUCAUGGGGAAACUUUCCUGUCCCAGGAAGUGGGGGUUAACCUCUUACAAGAAACCAAACAAGCCUUUGAAAGAUGUCAUCGGCUCCCUGAUCCUUCUGAUUUACCAAGGAAUGCCUUUAGAAUUUUUACCAUUCUUGUGGACUUUUUAUGCAUUGAGCAUAUUGAUUAUGCUUUGGAAACAGGACUUGCUGGGAUUCCUUCUUCAGAUUCUAGGAGUGCAAAUCUCUAUUUUUUGGAUGUUGUGCAGCAGGCCAAUACUGUUUUUCAUCUUUUUGACAAGCAGUUUAAUGAUCACCUCAUGCCACUGAUAAGCUCUUCUCCCAAGUUAUCUGAAUGCCUUCAGAAGAAAAAAGAAAUUAUUGAACAAAUGGAGAUGAAAUUGGAUACUGGUAUUGAUAGGACGUUAAAUUGCAUGAUUGGACAGAUGAAGCACAUUCUGGCUGCGGAACAGAAGAAAACAGACUUUAAGCCAGAAGAUGAAAACAAUGUGUUGAUUCAGUAUACUAAUGCCUGUGUAAAAGUCUGUGUUUAUGUAAGAAAACAAGUGGAAAAGAUUAAAAAUUCCAUGGAUGGGAAGAAUGUGGACACAGUUUUGAUGGAACUUGGAGUACGUUUUCAUCGACUUAUUUAUGAUCUUCAACAGUACUCCUACAGCUGCAUGGGUGGCAUGUUAGCAAUUUGUGAUGUAGCUGAAUAUAGGAAGUGUGUCAAAGACUUCAAGAUUCCGAUGGUAUUACAUCUUUUUGAUACUCUGCAUGCACUUUGCAAUCUUCUGGUAGUGGCCCCCGAUAAUUUAAAGCAGGUCUACUCAGGAGAACAACUUGCUAAUCUGGACAAGAACAUCCUUCACUCCUUCGUACAGCUUCGUGCUGACUAUACAUCUGCCCGCCUUGCUCGACACUUCAGCUGAGGUUGAGGUAACCGGGGGAGUUUGUUGAUGCAGCAGCCUCGCUGGAGGGAGAGUACGGAAGAUUGCUAUGAUGCAGCCAGCCUUUUAUGAGAAAUGACUGGGAGAGAACAGCAGCCAUACUUACUGUUGGAACUUCACUUGAAAUUUGGAUACUAUUAUAUAUAUAUAUGUAUAUAUAUAUAAUAUAUAUAUUUUGCUUUGUAGCUCCCUAAGUUGAAUUUUUAAAACCAUUUUUGACUUACAAAUUUCAAAUUCUGUAAAACCACAUGUCACUGUUUUUGUCCUGAGAAAUAGUGUCAGAAGACAAAUGAAAUAUUACCAGUGUUUCAGUUCUUGUUUUUGAUAUGUUCUGUCUGGAAAUUUUGUCAUCCCAUUUUUUCAUUGGUAACAAUUAAAAUA